AAUGCAAGGAUUUCCUCUGGGGCUGGUCUGGACGCCCCCAAGGCCCCCUUGGGCCCCAGAAGGGCGCGGCAGGAAGAGGACCCAGGGGUGGGCAGGGGGCUCUCCCCCCUGCAGCCCCGUCUUGUCCCCUCGGAUCUGCAGAGGGCCUGGAGGACGCCCCUCAACGAAGUGGUCAGCAAGGCUGAUGUCAGCGGCCGUGGCAGAAAGCUCCGGCACCGAGUUCCGCACCUCGGCUGGUUCUCAGCCCCAGAGCCUGGGAGGAAGCCGGGAGGAAGGACCCUGCGGUGCCAAAGCCAACGCACGGCAGCAGGUCCCCGCUGCGUGCCGGGGGGCCGGCGGCUACUCGCCGGAGGAACUGGGCACUGGGAAGUCCCUGGAGCGGAAGCUGAAGGGCAGGAAAACCAAGCUGAGGCUGCCGAAGCCACGACCCCCCGCCCACGAUGGUAAGUCUGAAGCAAAUUCCCCUGAGGUGCCGCAGGUUCGUGCCACGCUCAGCUUGACGCAUACAAGUGGCGGCCCUCCCGUUCCUUUGGUUCCGCAGACAGACCGCAGCGGGUGGACCGCGGUGAACUUAGCGAGGUGGGGCGCUGGCCACAGCCCCUCUGCCAAAGGGGGUGUCUUUACUGGACGGACCAAUACAGCCACUAGCACCUGGCACGUGGCGCCGCCGUGGCACGGCUGGAUGAGACACUGAUGCUGUGCAGCUGGGCGUGAAGGAGCAGCAGCGUCCGCGUGCACGCGGGCAGGACGGCGGUGCACACGCAUGACCCGCCCUGCGCCACGGUGGCUUUCCUGCUGGCUCUGCAGGUCUGGCCCGUCUCGGAGGUGGCCGUGUCGAGGCCACCACGUUCCUUGGGGGGGGGACAGGAAGCACAGGUACCUUCCGGUGUUCUGACUUGUGUGCCGGAGAGCAGCGGAUAACCCUACAGAGGCUCAGGGCUCUACGUCAGGGACAUUUUUAGGGCAUCAGUGGCCUGACAUGUGAUGACAGAGACUAAUGACACCCUCAAAGAUUUGAAGGGGACACUUCUACGUAAACAGCAAGUUGUCGCACCUCACGCCUCCUACCGCUGAGGAAGCAGCGCAGCACUUGGUUGCCCUGGGCUUCUAGAAGCACCUGGGUCCUGGAGCCAGUUCGCGAUGCUGCUGGCAGGGACCCCCCCCCCCCAUCGAGAAGCAGCUCCCGGCAUGCUGGGCCUGGAGAGACCGAGCCCGCCGUGGGUCAAAUAGGGUUCCCCCAAAUUCACGUCCCCUGAAAACUUAGGACGUGGGCUACUUGGUGACAGGAGUGUUGGCAAUACACCUGGUGAAACGUCUGCAGACGAGCUCACCCUGUAUUUGGGGGGGCCGCAAAUCCCAUGACCCGUGCCCUUCUGAGAGGAGGAGAGGGCCGGGCGCUGUGGCUCACACCUGUCAUCCCAGCACCCUGGGAGGCCGAGACGGGAGGAUCCCUUGUGGCGAG